AUGCUCCCCCCGUUCCGUCCCGGGAAUCGCGAACUUGCACAACUUGCCGCUCCAGCCGUUAUCGGCGGCCUUGCGCAUGUCCUACGAAUCCUUCAGCCCCUCGUUCGCUAUGUUCGCCUGCAUCUUACGCUCAACGUCGUCAAGCGGGCUGGAGCUUACCUAGAGCCCGCGCUCCACCUUUCACCACUUCCAGACGUCGCGCGCCAGCGUAUCAAAGACCACACUGUGAAGGCUCAAGGAGGUGAGAGUCAUCCGUUUGCUGGGUGA